AUUAAACAAUUCACAUUUUAUUAUGUAAACAAUAUUAUAACAUUAUUUAUAGUAACUAUUUUUAUUUUAAUUGGAGUAGCUUUUUUAACUCUUUUUGAACGUAAAAUUUUAGGAUAUACUCAUUACCGUAAAGGACCUAAUAAAAUUAGUAUAUGAGGAUUACUUCAACCAUUUAGUGAUGUAAUAAAACUUUUAACAAAAGAAUUUUUCUACCCAAAAAAAUCUAAUUUUAAUUUUUUUUUUGUCGCUCCUUUUAUUAUAUUUAUUUUAAUUUUUUCUAUAUGAAUGAUUUACCCUUUCCAAACAAAUUUAUUUAAAUGAAACCUAAGAAGUUUAUUUAUUUUAUGUUUAUUAAGUAUAGGAGUUUAUGGGUUAAUAAUAUCUGGAUGAUCUUCAAAUUCACAUUUUUCUAUAUUAGGGUCAAUUCGAUCUAUCGCCCAAUCAAUUUCCUAUGAAAUUACUUUAUCUAUCUCAUUAUUAUUAAAUUUAUUUAUAAUAAAUUCAUUAAAUAUUAUAAAUACCCCAAUCUUACAAAAAUAUUUGUGAAUAAUUUUUUUUAUGUGACCCUCUAGAAUAAUUAUAAUAUUAAGAAUAUUGGCAGAAUUAAAUCGAACUCCUUUUGAUUUAUCAGAAGGAGAAUCAGAAUUAGUAUCUGGAUUUAAUAUUGAAUAUAGAAGACAUGGGUUUGCUAUAAUUUUUAUAUCAGAAUAUACUAGAAUUAUAUUUUUAAUAUUUUUAUUUAAUUUAAUAUAUCUUUGUAAUAAUUUAUUAAUAUUAAAUUUUUAUUUUAUUUUAAUUUUAUUUAUUUAUUUUAUUGUUUGAUCUCGAUUAACAUUACCACGUAUUCGUUAUGAUUUAUUGAUAUAUUUUUGUUGAAUUUU